AUGCCCUCGCAACCAGCCGCACCAACGCGUCCGCGCGAGCGACCGCGCCCGCCUAACCCUGUCGCCGUGCAGAACGAACAACAGUGGAUCUUUACCGAAGAGGAACUGCUGCACACGCCCUCGAUCGAGGAUGGCAUGUCGGCAGAGCAGGAGAAAGAAAUGCGCUACAAGGGCAUGACCUUCAUAUACCAGGUUGGCGCCAUGUUGAAGUUGCCGCAGCUUACGCUAUCGACGGCUGGCGUGUUCCUGAACCGCUUCAUCACACGCCGCUCUCUCGUCAGCAAGGACGGCUACAAGGCGCUUCACCACUAUCAAAUCGCCGCCACGUCCCUGUUCCUCGCGACCAAGGUGGAGGAGAACUGCCGCAAAAUGAAAGAGCUGGUGAUUGCAUGCUGCAGGGUAGCACAAAAGAACCCGAACCUCCUCGUGGAUGAGCAGACAAAGGAUUUCUGGAGAUGGCGCGACACCAUCCUCUACAACGAAGACGUGCUGCUCGAGACGAUUUGCUUCGACCUGACGAUCGAGUCGCCGCACAAGCUCCUGUUUGACAUGCUGGUCUAUCAUGGUGUCGAGCACCACAAGCGGCUCCGCAAUGCGGCAUGGAGCUUCAUCAACGACAGCAACCUAACCCAGCUCUGCCUGCUCUUCACGUCGCGAACAAUCGCAGCGGCGGCACUGUAUUGCGGAGCUCGUCUCUGCGAAGUGGCGUUCCAGGACGAGGACGGCAAGCCGUGGUGGGAAAUCCAGCACGUCACGUUGAGGGACAUUAGGCGGGCGUGCAACUACAUGGCCAACAUCUACGAGAAUGUCACGCCGGCGAAGGGCGGCGAGAGCAUCUACGUAGGUCUACGGACCCCAGAGGACGGCGAUCCCCUGUACGCGCAGACGAGGCUAAGGACAUCGCAGACGCCCACGAGCCCUGCACCAAGCUCCGUCGGCAUGGAGCGAACAAGCAGCGAGCAAGGCGUCAAGCGGUCGCGCGACGAAGUCGGCAGAAUAGAAAACGGAGACGGCGAUGUCAAUGGAAGCCGAAAGAACGAGGCCGAGAGCGCGGAAGCGGUGAAGCACGAAGAAAAGAAGGAGCGCACGUCCGAAGGGGAGCCGGAUGCAAAACGUAUCAAAACGGAAGCAAAUGGGGCGGAUGCGGAAGCGCUCGCGGCGGAAGGGAAGAAAACAGCCGCGGAAGAGGACCUCAGCGAAGAAGGAGAAGUGGAGGAAUAG